GUUAAACUGUUCGCUCUUCCCAGUCUCAGCAUCGCUCAGUUUCUGCAGGAGGCUGCAGCUCCAUCCCUAUAGGACAUCCAUUGGCACCGAUGACAAGAUAUGAUCUACCCACUUCCCAGUUAACCCGUUUCACUCUGAGCUGGGAUCUCUUUAUUUCUCUGCAUGGAUAAUAACAGCCUACCGCAUAUUCAUGGAUUUCUCAUACCACUACUAAUUUGACUCAAACCCGGGAAAAGACAAAAAAGGAGGGGACUCCAAGUGGUUUAUAGGUUUGUGGAAGCAGCACUUCAGCCUGCCUUGGACAUGGGACCGUGCGUCAGCCGAGAGGGAUCCGGUGCCGGAGGAAAAGCAUCUUCCUGAAGGAGGAAAAGCCCGUCUGCGGGAGUUUUUUAAAAAAAUUUUCUUUCUCUUUUUUUUUUGCAACCGGAGAGGGGGAGCUGUGGGUUUUACGCGCCGGAAUGAUGCGUCCCAACCGCGGCUUCAUCCUGCUUCUCCUCAACGGGACCGCUUGUUUGGUGGCCCUGGGUCAAGAAGACGACUCCUCCAGCCCCAAGAGCUCUUCAGACGACUCUUCCAAGACGGUGGGGCUCCUAAGCGGGCAGGCGCCGAUCUCGCCCCUGAGUCGCUGGAUGCUUCACAGUAAGAGCAGAGCUGCUAAUGCCACCUCUCUGGAGCUGCCCUACCGCUCCCCAGUCCCUUUCUCCAAGCAGGAGUUUUCUAAACAGGAGUUCUGGGAGAUGUUGGGCAGCGAUCUGCUCAAGCCUGACGCCUCCAGCUCCAGGGUCAAACGCCGGCCCAUCGUUAAGACCGGCAAGUUCAAGAAGAUGUUUGGCUGGGGAGACUUCUAUUCCAAUAUCAAGACGGUGCGGCUUAACCUGCUGAUCACAGGCAAGAUUGUGGACCACGGUAACGGCACGUUCAGCGUCUACUUCCGCCACAACUCCACGGGCCAGGGAAACAUCUCGGUCAGCCUGGUGCCACCUGUUAAGGCGGUGGAGUUUGACCUAGAGCGCCAAAGCGUGGUCUACCCCAAGGACUCCAAGAUCUUCAACUGCCGCGUGGACUAUGAGAAGGUGGAUCGCAGCAAGCGCACCUCGCUGUGCAACUACGACCCGUCCAAGACCUGCUUCCAGGAGCAGAUUCAGAGCCACGUGUCCUGGAUUUGCUCCAAGCCUUUCAAGGUCAUCUGUAUCUACAUUUCCUUCUACAGUACGGACUACCGCUUGGUCCAGAAGGUUUGCCCGGACUACAACUACCAUAACGAGAUGCCCUACCUGCCCUCGGGCUAGAACACUUGAGGGGGGUAGGAGA